AUGGCGUCGAGCUCAGGAGCAGCCACCCUCCUGGCCCGGCAGCUUAAGGAGAUGCAGGCCGCCAAGGACAUCCCCGGCAUCUCCUGCGGCCUGGUGAAUGACCAGAACAUUUUCGAGUGGGAGGUCAUGCUCAUGAUCAACGACGACACCAAAUACUACGGAGGCGCAAACUUUCGCGCCCGAAUGCGAUUCCCUCCAGAGUACCCGCUUCUUCCGCCCUCCCUAACCUUCCUCGACCCCGUCCCGUUCCAUCCCAACAUCUACCCAGACACCGGCCUGCUGUGCAUCAGCAUCCUGCACCCGCCCGAGGAGGACCGCUUCGGCUACGAGAGUGCCGCUGAGCGCUGGAGCCCCGUCCAGACCCCCGAGACCAUCCUGUUGUCCGUCAUCUCGCUCUUCGCCAGCCCCAAUGACGAGAGCCCCGCCAAUGCCGACGCCGCCAAGCUGCUGCGCGAGGAGAGGGCCGGCCUGAACAAGGAGUACAGGAAGCGGUGCAGGAAGUGCGUACGGGAGAGCCUAGGGGAGGAUUGA